UGCAGUAAGUUAGAAUGCAGGUAGUUCUCUGUAUAUGGCAUGAUACACUGUACACUCCCUUCAGAUCCACCUCCUGUCCUGUCACUAAUGACAACAGCCACAGACCCUGCUUUCGAGUCUAGUGUGAACUUGACGUGUAUGUCUGAUGGGAACCAGACUAACUUCAUCUGGAGAAAAAACGAUAUAGAAUUCACAAACGAUGGUCCAAGUAACUCUGUUUAUACCAUCCCCUCUGUCUCUGCUACUGAUGGAGGUGUCUAUGAAUGCGGGGUUGCUUGUCAAAAUACUAUAAAUAUCUUCUCAAACAAAUCAACCAUCACAACUAUGCCAAACAUCGUUCAGCUCCUUCCUGUUGGUGGGAACAGCUCAGUGAUGGAGGGGGAGAUGAUAACUCUCAGUUGCAAGGUUGAAGGAUGGCCUGUCCCGGAAGUCAUGUGGCUGAAUCUGAGUUCCUCUGUCACAGCCAGUGUGUCAUCAAUGGCCAACUACAGUAUUAUGUCCAUCACUCAGGAUCAGGAGGGAGUCUACCAAUGCAAGGCUACCAAUAUCAGGGGAACUGUCGCUAGGAACCACUCUGUAUCUGUUAGUACAGGAAUUACAAGCACAGCUGCAGUAUUCACUUCCUCCCACACACUAAAUACUACAGGCAGUGACAGUUCACAGACUGACAAGAAUGCUAACAUGGAUGCCACAACUACUGGCAACAUAUUGCAUCUAGUACAAGUGCCCUUCAUCUUACUGUUAGUACUCAGCUGUGUUCUCAGUGUGGGAGUGGUGGUCCUGCUGUUCCUAAUGGGAUGCCUGUGUUGCAAGAGGGUCAAAGCACGUCGUCCAUCAGAUGAAAUUUCUCUUCUCCCGGGGUCCAAUGGGGAGAGACGUGAGGACGAGGGGGAGGUGGGCUAUGGGAACUUGGAGACUGCCAAACCAUCCACUGUCACUACUGCGUUUAAGGAUGACCCCCCACAGUCGAGAACCCCCCCUGAACAUAGGACGGAGAAGGCAAAGCAAACAGAACGCCGAAGCAGCCCUAAAGUAGGGAAGAAAAAGAAGAGUAAAAGUCCGGACAAGGAGCUGCUCAUUUCAUUGGACAGUGCCGAUGAGGAAGAGAGGCAACAAAAGAGGAGAAGUGGCUCUGGGAAGAGGUCAGAGGUAAAUGAGACCACCCCGGCAGUGGAGAGCCCUCUCUCCCAGGACAACAGUGGGGACAAGGUACUGCCGGCAGAGAAGGAGGCGGUGCCUAGUGAGGAGGCGGUGACUGGUGAGGGGGCAGUGCCUGGUGAGGAGAGUGGAGUGACGAUGGUGUGGGGGGAUGACUCAUCUCAGGAGGACAAGAAAGAGUGGGAGAGCAUACCAGUGGACGACCAAUCGGAUGAGGCCUCCAGAGUAACUGCUUUAACCGAGAGAGCCAAGAAACUGGGCAGGACUGUGUCUUUUGUUGAGCUGCUCACACGUUCACAUCCCCUCAACGCUGAGCAAAUCAACGAUCUGGUCUACAACCCAGAGCACUACACUAAAACCCACCCCUUACUGGACGAGUACAAGUCUGUCCCCAGUAACUCUGCCAAACUGAUGGACCUCCUCCCUCAAGAGAAGGCUAAGAACAGAUACAGAAAUGUCCUACCGAAUGCUCAUUCCCGAGUGCACCUCUCUGAUCUCGGUGAGCCUGGCUCUACCUACAUCAACGCUAACUACAUUAGGGGCUAUGAUGACAGAGAGAGGGCGUACAUCGCCUCACAAGGUCCAACAUUUGACACAAUGAGCGACUUUUGGAGGAUGGUUUGGGAACAGGAAGUGAGUGUGGUCAUCAUGAUCACAGGGCUCAUUGAGAGAGGCGUGAACAAGUGUGCCCAGUACUGGCCCGAAGUGAAAGAGGAAAACCCAACGCAGUACGGAAGAUUUGCAGUGAAGAAUAAUUUUGACGAGAAGAAAUCUAUUGGUGUCAUCUCCUAUCUCACUCUCAUCAGCGAGGAGGGCAAAGAGAGGGAAAUACAUCACUUCUGGUAUACCAACUGGCCUGAUUUUGGUGUUCCCAAAGAGACUGGUUCCAUAUUGGCACUGCAACAGACGGUGGGGGAUUAUUGCCACGACAAUGACAAGCCUCUCCUUGUUCAUUGCAGCGCUGGACUCGGACGAACUGGAACGUACAUUGCAAUCGACAUGGGAAUUUCUCAGUUUGAGAAGGAAGGCAAAGUGGACCCACUGAAAUACAUCUGUGAGAUGCGGCAAGAUAGGGGUGGGAUCAUUCAAACACCUGAGCAGUACUUGUUCGUACACAAUACACUGGCGGAUCACAUGACGGCAACGGACUGAUGCAGCUUAUAAGAGAUCAACAUACUCUAUUUUAACACUAUAUCCGCAACUUUCCUAUAGAAACACUAUCGCCAGACGUACUAUAAUAAUGAUGAUUAUUAGCUAUAAUAUAAUAUACAUUAUACACACCUUAUUUUCACAUCCUCUUAACUUCAAGUUCAUGCUACAUAAUAAUACGUAAUUCUGCUGCAGUUAUAUUUUAUAAAUUGUACGAUCAUAUG